AUGAAGAUCUACUCCAUUUCAGUCAUCCUCGCGCCUCCGUCUGGCGCUUCGGUCACACUCAGCUCGGCAAAUGACCUCUCGUCGUUUAGCUUCUAUCAGAGGGGGUCUGCUGGCGAAUUCAUGUCGUUCCUGUCAAAGACGGUCGCGGAGAGAACACCCCAGGGUCAGAGACAGACAGUCCAGGAGCAGAGCCAUGUUGCCCAUGUGUAUAACCGUGGAGGGGACGAACAGCUUGCUGCUGUCAUUAUUACCGAUGAGGAGUACCCAGUUCGACCUGCCUUUUCGCUGCUGACGAAGAUCCUGGACGAGUUUACCGCCAAGGUUCCAAAGUCAUCAUAUGGCAAUCCGUCAUCGAUCUCCUUCCCGGAGAUAAACGCAUACAUUCAGAAAUAUCAAGAUCCUAGGCAAGCGGAUACGAUUAUGAGGGUGCAGCAGGAAUUGGACGAGACUAAGAUUGUGCUGCACAAGACGAUAGAGUCGGUACUGCAGCGCGGUGAAAAGCUGGAUAAUCUUGUUGAGAGGUCAAAUGCACUUUCGAUGCAAAGCAAGAUGUUCUACAAGACCGCGAAGAAGGCUGGGGGCUGGCAGAUGAUGUUGAUGCCCAAUCGGUCUGUUGCUAAUCCACCGGAAGGUUCGAAGUCGAACUCGGUGCAUCACAUCAUCCGCGCGCCUGGUCGUACCGCCAACCUCCUUCCUUCGAUCAUUUCCAGGAGAUUUUGA